AUGAUUAUCAAGCCUUACCAACUACGAUCGAUUCCCUCAUUUCUCCUCCCGUUCACGGAGUCAACCGCUGGUACUCGAGUACGAAGUCUGCACUAUCGCAUGAAGGCACCGCCUAUACCCCGCCCUACACCAUUUGUACCAAAUGCUCAAACAUUUCUGACACUCAUUGGACGAAAUUUGAGCCAGCAUAUAUCGAAGAUUCCUUCUUGGAGGGCAUUGUUUACGUUGACCUCUGAUCAAUUACGAGAGCUGGGAGUUGAGCCUCCACGGACUCGACGCUACCUUUUACGCUGGCGCGAGAAAUUUAGAAAAGGGCAGUACGGCAUUGGUGGAGAUCUUCAACAUAUCGAAAACGGAGUUGCACAGCUACGUGUAGUUGAAGUGCCAUCAUCAAAUCCGAGACACAGUACAGCUACUGCAACAUCCUCCGCGGGGCAGCAAAAAAUCAUUGUCAAUGUGCCUAUAGAAGGCAGUGCAGAGAAUAACUUGGCCGGGAAGAUGGUCCCAGUUCAGGGUCUGCGUAUCAAGGGAGCACAUACUAUCACCGGACCUCAUGUGAAACCUUCCAAAGGAGGAAUUAUGGCAAAAAUUGUUAUUGAAGAAGGAUUGUGGGAAGAUCGCCGAGGUCACAAGAUUGAUGGUGGCGAAAGAAGGCAGGCCGAAGUUCGAGCAAAGAUGAGAGGAGAAGAGAAACGUGCGGCCAGAUAA